AUGAACCAGGAGUUCCUCCAGACCCGCACCAACGAGAAGGUGGAGCUGCAAGAGCUCAACGACCGCUUCGCUAACUACAUCGAGAAGGUGCGCUUCUUGGAGCAGCAGAAUGCCCUCAUGGUGGCCGAGGUCAACCGGCUGCGGGGCAAGGAGCCCACGCGCGUGGCUGAGAUGUACGAGGAGGAGCUGCGGGAGCUCCGGCGCCAGGUGGACCUGCUCACCAGCCAGCGGGCCCGUGUUGAGGUUGAGCGUGACAACCUGCUCGACGACCUGCAGAAGCUCAAGCAGAGGCUGCAAGAAGAGAUCCAGCUGAAGGAGGAGGCUGAGAACAACCUGGCUGCUUUCAGAGCUGACGUGGACGCAGCCACACUGGCACGCAUUGACCUGGAAAGACGCAUUGAGUCCCUGCAGGAGGAGAUUGCCUUCCUCAAGAAGGUGCACGAAGAGGAAAUCCGGGAGCUACAGGCUCAGCUGCAGGAGCAGCACAUCCAGGUGGAGAUGGAUAUCUCCAAGCCAGACCUGACGGCAGCACUGCGGGACAUCCGCGCCCAGUAUGAGAGCAUCGCUGCCAAGAACAUCGCCGAGGCUGAGGAGUGGUACAAGUCCAAGGUGUCUGACCUGACACAGGCAGCCAACAAGAACAAUGAUGCGCUGCGGCAGGCGAAACAGGAGAUGCUGGAGUACCGGCACCAGAUCCAGUCCUACACCUGUGAGAUCGAUGCCCUCAAGGGCACGAACGACUCACUGAUGCGCCAGAUGCGGGAGAUGGAGGAGCGCUUUGCAGGGGAGGCUGGUGGGUACCAGGACACCAUUGCCCGGCUGGAGGAGGAGAUUCGGCACCUGAAGGAUGAGAUGGCCCGGCAUCUGCGGGAGUACCAGGAUCUGCUCAAUGUCAAGAUGGCUCUGGACGUGGAGAUUGCCACAUAUCGCAAGCUGCUGGAAGGAGAGGAGAGCCGGAUCAGCAUCCCCAUGCACCAGACCUUCGCCUCUGCACUCAAUUUCCGAGAGACCAGCCCAGAGCAGCGUGGCUCUGAGGUGCACACCAAGAAGACCGUGAUGAUCAAAACCAUUGAAACCCGUGACGGAGAGGUGGUGAGCGAGGCGACCCAGCAGCAGCAUGAAGUGCUGUAG